GUCUUCCGGGGAGUGGUGAAGUGGAGCUGGAGGCAUGCACCAGGGGAAGGGGAGAGAUGAGUAUCUGAGCAGCUGUAGGAAGGCACACAGCUGGGGGAAGGGAGUGGAGAUGACCAGGGGUUCCUGCUGAUAGCCUCCUGUGGGACGUUGUGUAAGACUUUAACUCCAUCAGAUGAGACUCGGCGUGUGUGACAUGUUCCCCUUCCUCUUACUGUGAUCGCUGUGUGUGAUAUCAUUGAUCUUACGAGUCCAAAGGAGAUGGAGCGCAGAGAGCUGUCCAACUGAGAGUCGAACUGGUCCCUGAAAGAGCACCUGUGGUGGUUGAAGAGAAGAAUGAAAUCCCACUGACUGGAACUGUGGUUACAUCUUUGAAUUAUCUGAAGCCAACGACCCUGCACCCGCUGGCCACCAUGAACGCCUCAAUCCUGCAGCUCGCGAACAACACCCCACUCUGCUUCACCAAGAACAGUCCUCCAUUCAACUACACCAUGCCCAUCGCCUCAGCCUACUACUCAUCUAUCUUCAUGAUGCUGGGCCUCACCUCUAAUCUCAUCGCCUUUGUAGUUCUCGUCAAGUCCUUCCAGCGGACGCAGAGCCGCUCUCGCUCCUUCUUUCUGAUCUUCCUCGGUGGAUUGGUGUUCACUGACUUAAUGGGUCUCCUGGUCACAGGCUGCAUUGUGGUCUCAUUCCAUGUUACUCACUUUAAUUGGCGCAAUUUAGACCCAAACUGCCAUUUCUGCAACUUCAUGGGUAUGUCCAUGGUGUUCUAUGGACUGUGCCCGCUGCUGCUUGGCGCCACCAUGGCAGUGGAGCGUUUCAUUGGCAUCAAUCGGCCGUUUGCACGCGCCUCCAGCGCGACCAAGAGCCGGACAAUCUCCAUUUUGUUGCUGGUUUGGUUUUUCGCUGGCUGCAUUGCGUUGCUGCCCCUUACAGGCGUCGGGGCCUACCACUUGCAGAUGCCGGGCUCCUGGUGUUUUUUAAACAUCAGCUCAAAGGGAAAUGACCUGAUCUUCUCCCUGAUCUUCUCAUUGACUGGGUUGAUGUGCAUAGCUGUGUCAUUUUUGCUGAACACGAUAAGCGUGGUGACUCUGAUCAAGGUGUGCUGCGGACAGGACAGGUGCCAGCGGCGCCGAGAUCACGAAGUGGAGAUGAUGGUUCAGCUCAUCCUGAUCAUGGUGAUCGGUUCUAGCUGCUGGUGCCCACUCCUGAUCUUUAUUGCAAAAACUGUGCUGUCUGGAGGCCCACUCCAGGUCAAGUACCUACUGCUGUGGCUGCGCUUCGCCACCGGAAACCAGAUCCUGGAUCCCUGGGUUUACAUCCUGUUUCGCAGGGCGGUUCUCAAGAGAAUCUACCCUCGCCUUGACUGGUCCCGGGGCUCCAUCAUGACCUUGUACCCAUCUCUCAGAGACACCGUGCGCAGGUUUACACGUUCUUCAAUCGCUAGCACCGUGGGAUCGAAUGAAACGGAAGAGGUGGGAAAAUUAAAUGGGACUCCGCCAUCUACCUUGAAGCCGCCGCCUCCUUCUCCGUGAUUGGUUGGAUUUUGAAUUGUUGUUACAGCAGAAUGUGAGAAAUCAUGUUGAAGAUAAUGCCUAUUAUCUGAAAGGAUUGUGCUAUCUCAUACCAUUGAAAUUCUUUCAGUAUUAAUAACGACACUUUAAUUCACGGCCAAGUAUCAUGAUCAAGCCUGUAAGGAACAACUGAAGCUUACUGCAAGCAUCCCACUUUUCAGGCACAGUGUCGCCAAGUGUUUUUAUGCUGUUUGAGUUUAAAAAAUUUUAUUGAUGCAGUCUGUGGUCUUUGUUUUCAUGUGAUUCUUGUGCGAUGUUAUUCCUUUUAUACAUAUUUACAUGAUGAUGCCAAUGAGGAAUUAUUCACAGUUUUCAGGCUCAUGCUCGAUGUGGUCGUGUUCUUCCUUUCCUGAAAGUAUUUUGGGGGGAAACCCUUGAAUCUUCAGCCUAUUGGUGGAGCCGGUGAAUCCAGAGACCAUCAGACUGAAAACAAACUUCUGAUGAAUGUUUUCAUUCAGAGUGAACUAUCUCAAUGUUAGCCUGGUGCCUCGUGCACAAUUUUCAUUUUACUUUCAACUGUAACUACUAUAUAUCUGUGUUUUAUUUACAAUGGAAAUACUCUAACAUCAUGUGUAAUAGGAUUUAACGUGCUUCCACAUUAUUAAGAUAACUUCUGAACAUUAAAAACCUGGGCAUGAUCAGUUGCUAAUAUUUCCAAACUUGACAUGUACACAAAACUCCCAUACUGUUUGUCUGUCAUACACCACAUGGACAUAUACAAGUUUGCCAGACGAAGAAAAAUGAGACCAUUAAAAUACAGUAUUAUAAUGUCAAUAAAUGAAAAUGCAACAGUAUUUCAAAUAUAUUAUAUCUGGUUUUAAUACUGUGGCUGAUCAUCACUGUGUGAUAGUGAUAGAAGUGUGUCCACUGCUUACUGCUUAGAGUUUGGUUUUCCUACAGUUUUCAUAUUCAGUGAAUUGUUAGUUUUACGUGAAUGGAAAUUAAUUUGUGCUGCUCAAACAAAUGAAAAGUGCCAUUUGAAAAAAGUAGUAAGUGAGCAAAGUGAAGUGUAAAUGUACAUAAGGGCAUGUCUGUAGCUUUUGUAAUUUGGGUGAACUGUACUUGUCUGCCGUACGUGAAUAAUAUGGAAUGUUAAAAUGUAUUCAAAUCCAAAAUUGAGGCAGAAAGUAUAAUUCCCUCAAAUUGUUUUUGUCAUCCUUGGUUUUAAGUGGUUUUAGGACAUUUCCAAAGACAAUAAUGUCUUAGACCCAGAGUUGGUCUAGAAUCAUGAAAAUUCUAAUAAAUAAUCUUCUAGGGAUCAAUAUUGGAGCGAGACUCAACUUUGCUUGCAAUAAAAGACAAAGACAGAUGCCUGAUAUGAACAUUGUCUUUAUAAAACCAGAAACAGCCUUUGCUUUAGUCUGCUUGGCUUCGGUCCUGUUGUGAUUCUUUCCUACAGAUCACCUCUGCAGCUCAGACUCACAAUGUUCCCCUUGUGGCAGGAUUCGUGUGUUAAGUAACUCAAACUUAAGUCUGAGGAUUUGGGGAAUAUCAUGACAAACAAUGUAUUUGUUAUACUAUUUGAUCGUUCUGUAAGAAAGCUGUGCACACUGAUCACGCAUGUUAUCUACUUUGAAUAUUGUAUUGUCACUGAUAGCAGACACCUGAACAUUCACUGAUGGUGGCUGAGACAAGUCAUGAUCUGUUUAUCAGAAACAUCCAAUAAGAAUUGAAGUAUAACUGGUGAAUGAGCUCAAAACAAAUGGAAUGUGGUUGUUUGUACAUAGAAGUAAACUCUUAUACUUAAAAACUC